AUACUCUGACAAAAUAUUCUUUACAUUAGACUUUUGAUAGUUCUAAUGUGAUGAUAUUUUGAUCAUAAAACAUUUCUCCAACCGAAUAUAUUUGUACAACUAUACUUUGUACAUAACCAAAUGUUAAUUAAAGACAACCAUUGUUUUGUGAAAAAACGCUCUCCUCCCUGAGCCAUGACUGCGAGGAAAAGGGGGCGACCAAGGAAGAAGAAGGCCAAGGCACCAGCGACGGAGCAGUCAACUCUGAAGCAAAACACUGAGAUCGCAUCUCCAGACACGGGAGAAUCUUCAACAGGUAAGAAUGAUACUCCCUCGACUGGAAUGGUAUCUGAAAUGAAACGAACCCUAGAUCUGGAUUUGAACGUUAAUCACGGGAUAACAAUGGGAGAGAUGAAGGAUCAAAGGGAUGACCAGGUGGAACCUAAACGCACAUUUGCUAAAGUAGUAGGGUUUAAAGAAGAAUCUAACCUUGAACUGAAAUUUGUGCAAUCUGAGGAAAUAGAUGGGGUUAGAAUGGCAAGAAUGUCUGAGGAGGAUCUGAUGGAUAUAGCUAAUUACUGGGAGGCAACUCUUCUCUGUUGUGUCCUGGGAGCAAAUCCUCCACUAAAAAUCAUGGAUGGAUUCUUAAGAAGGAUAUGGAAGGAGUAUAGCAUUGAGGAAAUCUCAGUGCUAAGGGAAGGCCAAUUUGUGGUGCAGUUUGGUAAGGAAUCAGAAAGGGAUGAAGUGUUAAAAAGGAAGUACUACUUCAUGGAUAACAAGCCAGUGUUAGUCCAAAGAAUGCCAGUGCCAGAUCUGGACCCAAAAUACUGGAGCCUCUCUGGAUUAAGUAAAAUAGGAAGCAUUAUUGGCAAGCCAAUCAAGAGAGACAGAGCAACUGCAACAAUGUCAAAGAUGGGCUAUGCGAGAAUCCAACUGGAAGUGAAAAUAAAGCAGCAUUUUCCAGACAGUAUUAAGUUUAUUGAUGUGGAAGGGAGAGUGGUAUCUCAGAGGAUUGACUAUGAAUGCUGCCCAAUAACGUGUGAGAAAUGCAAGAAGCUGGGUCACUCUGAGACUAUCUGCAGAUCUAAGGAGACUGGCCAAACACAGGGGAGAAGAACUAUGGUAUGGAGACCAAAACCUAAAGCUCACGACAGGGAGGACAGGGUACCUGGGGAAGCAGUUCAGGACAGGGAACCUGUGGAAACAAAGGAACCAUCUCCUUCAGAGGAUAAAAAGAGAGAAGAAUAUGAAGAGUUUCAGAUGGUUGAUAGGAGGAAAAGUGCAAAGAGGGACCAUCACUUGGGGAGGAUCUGGGUAACAUGGAAUCCAAGUAAAUUCAGUGUCACAAGGAUCAAGAGCUCUGACCAAUUUAUCCAUUGUGCUAUAAGAAGGGUAGGAGAGGAUUCACAGGAUGCCAUCACAUUUGUCUAUGCCCAUAAUGACCCAAGCAAAAGAAAUUCUUUAUGGAUGGAUCUGAAGAAGAUACAGGGGGUUACUAAUAAGGCCUGGGUAAUCAUGGGAGAUUUCAACUGUGUCCUAGGGAUGCAAGACAGAAUAGGAGGAAAUCCAGUGGGACAAGAUGAGAUAAAAGAAUUCCAAGAGUGCAUGAAUUGGUGUGGGUUAGAGGAAAUGCCAAUGGAGGGUGCCUACUAUACCUGGUCUAAUAGACAGGGACAGGGCAAAAGAAUUUACUCUAGGAUUGAUAGAGCUUUAUGUAAUCCUGACUGGCUGCUCAAGCAUAAUACAAAACUGAUUGUUAAGGAGGAGGGAAUAUCAGACCACUCACCCCUACUGAUUGUACAAAGAGUUAACACAAUUUCCAGAAGUUUCAGAUAUUGUGACAUGUGGGCUUUGGACCCACUGUUUCCAGACAUAGUUAAAAGUGUAUGGGAAAAGGAAAUAUUGGGGAAACCCAUGUACCAAGUGUGCUGCAAGUUGAAGGAACUGAAGGGGCAUCUUAAAGGGCUGCAUAGGAAUAAUUUUGGAAGGAAUUUUCAGAAUGUAGAGGCCAUCAGAUCCAAGCUGCAUAUUGUUCAAACAGAAUUGAAAUUAGCCCCUAUGAAUGAGGAUUUACUUAAGGAAGAGAGCAAUCUGAUCCAUAAAAUGCAAGAGGCUACGAAGGCAUCCCUCUUGAUGAUGAGCCAAAUGUAUAAAAAGGAAUGGAUCACUGAAGGGGACUUAAAUUCUAAAUUAUUCUUCUCCUGGCUAAGGAAAAGAAGACUCCAAAACCAAAUACUCAGCAUUAGGAACAAAGAAGGCCAUCUGGUGGAAGGGGAGGAGAAGGUGGCAACUAUCAUGCUGGAUUUCUAUGAAACACUGCUGGGAACAGAAGUGAACACAGCUAAAAUAAGUAAUGAUGCCAUGGAAUAUGGACACAAACUUGACAUCCCAGAACAACUUGAUCUGUUGAAAGAGGUCACAGAUGAGGAGGUAAAGGGGUGCCUUUUUGCUAUUCCUAAUAGCAAGAGCCCUGGGCCGGAUGGAUACAGCAGUGGAUUCUUUAAGAAGCAAUGGGGAACAGUGGGGGGACUGAUCACCAAGGCAGUCUUAGAGUUUUUCUCUAAAGGCAAACUUCUAAGACAGAUCAACAACACAACUCUGACAUUGAUUCCCAAGAUUGAAUUUCCUAUGACCUCAUUCUGGUGUGUAAAGCGGAAGAAGGAUCCCUUAAAUGCAUCAUGGAGGUGCUGAACAGAUUUCAAGAAACGACAGGUCUGAGU